AUGGCGAAAUCAAAGGCCGCGAAGAAGCGCAAGCAGAAUGCGCAGGACGAGCUCCCACGCAAAGCUCCGAAGACCGCAGCGACGACAAUCACACCACCUGACAGUGACGACAACACCACCUCAAACCUCGAGCCCAAGAGCCUCCAGACAGUCAUAUCAGACGAGGAGCUCGACAUCGCCAUUGACACUCUUAACACCCUUGCCAAAUACCCGAACCUUAUCAAAUCGAAGCAAUGCCGAGAUCUUCGCGUUGCCGUCUAUGACUUUCGCCAGAACUGCCCCAGUGGCGUCAACAAUGCCCCUGGUACGAAUCUUGGUCUCACAGCACGAAUCACCGGCGCCCUCACCGACGAGAAGUACGACGAUGCGAGAGUCCUGCUAUCCGAAAUGAGAAUCCGCGGCCAGGAACCGAAGCUAGGAGCGCUCUGUCGCUGGGUACGAGACCUGGACGUCAUCAGUGGUCUUUCCACUUUGCCGGAAGGGGAGGGCGAAGGAGUUGCUAUCCAGAGAACAGAGAGAGACAAGCAACGUCUCCUGGUUCUCGACGCCGUCUUGCGAGCCUGCGGCCACUCCGACAGCAACCCUAAGGCCACGCCCCUUCCCCUCUCUUCAACACCCGGAAUCGCGUUGCAGGACACCUGGGAUCUCCGCCCCGCCACGCCAUCACUCCAGGUAUACGCCUCUGUUCUCGACAAGACCAUAUUCGAAUCGGCACCGGCCAAUCUGGCAGCGUCUCUUCGCGUCAUUGAACGAACUCCCGGUCCGCUUCGGAAGCCGCCCAAUCACCACGACGCACUCCUUUACACGACCGCGCUGAACACGAUACCCCUGGUCGAUGAAAGGCCACCAGUAACAGCACACGCACAUCCCGUUGUACCAGGGCUCAGCCUCUUCAAGGACGUUCUUUCCGUAGACGAGUGCAAAGCAAUCAUAACUGCCGGCGAGACAGUCAACUUUCUCCCGGAUGCCCCUCUUCGCGAAGAUGGGGACAUCAGCAUUCUUGCUCACAACUUCUACUGGGUUGUCGACACCACUUUCCACGAUGCCUUGUGGUCCAGAGUUUCGUCAUUUGUUCCCCAGUCAGUCGACGGACGAAUGGUCCGCGGCCUCAAUCGACGGUUCCGCGUGUACCGCUACGUCCCCGGAGCCGAAUACCGUGCGCAUAUUGACGGCGCCUGGCCGCCUUCUGGCAUCCUUCCCGACGAUACAUAUGUCUACGAUUCAUCGCCUGAGGAGAAGAGGCAGAGCUCACUGUUCACUUUCCUCAUCUACUUGAACGACGAGUUUGAAGGCGGCGAGACAACGUACUUCCUCCCAGCAGCGCGGGAGGGUACGCUGAAUGCGUACCCGGUGCGACCGGUCAUGGGCGGAGUCGCCGUCUUUCCACAUGGAGAUGCAAAGGGUGCCCCACUUCACGAGGGUACUGGUGUGAGGCAAGGUGCCAAGUACGUGAUCAGGACGGAAGUUGAGUACGACGUUAAGCCAUCUGAGGAGGCAUGA